AUGCAUUGGUGGCGAGGCAUGAAAUCACAUGCGGACGACAGCUUGGUCGAUGGCGGAGGCGGAAGAUCCCCAUUGAAAACGAGCUUGUUUUCGCGGCGUAGCCGUGCCGGUAAGCUGCAGAAUUUGAUUGAUAAUGAUGAGAAUUCUCCGGCAAGGUCGUCAUUCGUGCCAAUGGCGGCAGCUCAGCCGAGCCCUCAGCCGCUGCCGCUGCCCGAAGUUCGUGCUUUUAUAGAGCAUGACGCCAAAUUUGAUUCCUCUUGUCAAUCCUAUAAUGUACCCUUACCGUCGCCUAUGGAAGCAUACAUUAUUGUUCAUAGAGGAGAUAAUGAAAAGAGGAACCGAGAAAGAGAGAGAGCCAAUCAAUUGAAUGCCUAUGCUAUUGAUGAACUCAACGUGCCUAAGAGCAGAUUAGCAGGCAAACAUGUUAGAAGGAAUUCAGAAAAUUGUGAAUCAUGGUCAUCUAAUAAAUCAACUAUAAAGCAAAAUGACAUGGAAAUGUCCUCUGAUAUCGACAAAACUAGUUUUCCUAUUAGUGCUCCGAGCAGUCCUUAUUCGUUUCCUCAUCUGAGCCCUACAAGAAAUUCAGGUGAUUUCUUGGUAACUCAUUACACCACUCCCCCAGGUGCUUUCCAAGUUUGGUCUGCACCAGAGAUGCCUCAUUUAGAUACACAUCUUGGUACAAGGUUAUCGUAUCAAUUGCCUCCUGAGAAAACAUCAUCUAAUGUUGAUAAUUCUCCUCUCCACAGUCCAAGAGCUAGUUCUUUUCAGCUAGCAAUAAGCCCUAAUAAGCCUGCAACACCAUUGUAUAACAAAAUAUCACCAGAGACCUCAUCGGCAUGGCGUGAAAGUAAUGCUCAGGCUAAUUUACAUCCAUUGCCUCUUCCUCCAGGAGUCACUCCUAGUUUUCCAGUUGCAGCUAAACCUGAACUUCAUGAAACUGCUAUACCUUCACAUCCCACUCCAAUGUCCCCACUCACAGCUAAACCUGAAUUUCAUGUAACUUCCAUGCCUUCACAAACUGCUUCAACAAUGUUCCCACUCACAGCUAAACCUGAGUUUUCGGCAACUGCCAUGCCUUUGCAACCUACUUCAAUUUCCCUGGUCGCAGCUAAACCGGAAUUGAUGCUGAUUAAAGGGCAAUGGCAAAAAGGAAAGCUUAUUGGGCGCGGGACAUUUGGAAGUGUGUAUAUAGCUUCCAACAGAGUGACUGGAGCCUUGUGUGCCAUGAAAGAAGUUGAAAUUUUACCAGAUGAUCCAAAAUCUGCAGAGUGUGUAAGGCAGUUGGAGCAGGUUGGUGACAGGUUUUACAUAUACCUGGAAUAUGUCCAUCCUGGUUCAAUCAAUAAAUUUAUCCAUGAUCAUUGUGGAGCAAUUACAGAAUCUGUUGUACGAAAUUUCACUCGUCAUAUUCUCUGUGGAUUGGCUUAUUUGCACAGUACAAAAACCAUACACAGGGACAUCAAAGGUGCUAAUUUGCUUGUUGAUGCAAAUGGAGUCGUCAAGCUUGCCGACUUUGGGAUGGCAAAACAUCUGACUGGAUACGCAGCUAAUCUUUCAUUAAAGGGGAGUCCGUAUUGGAUGGCUCCUGAGCUCUUGCAGUCUGUGAUGCAGGUAGAUGCUAGUUCUGAUCUUGCUUUAGCAGUUGAUAUAUGGAGUCUAGGCUGUACUAUAAUCGAAAUGUUCAAUGGAAAGCCUCCUUGGAGUGAAUAUGAAGGGGCUGCGGCGUUAUUCAAGGUUCUUAAAGAUACUCCACCUAUACCUGAAACGAUGUCAGCUGAUGGCAAGGAGUUCUUGCAUUGCUGCUUUCGCAGAAAGCCAACCGACAGGCCAACAGCAAGAAUGUUACUUGAACAUCCAUUCGUGAAAUACUCACAUCAGCCAGAUGCUUUGUCCUGCGAUGAAAUAAGAUUGACAGGCAAUGUACAAUGCCAAAGAGGCCAGCCGAGUUAUAAAUUUGAACAAGUGCCAGUAUCUUCCGACACACAGAUCUUGAAGGGGAAACUAGCUAUCAAUGAGAUUGGCCAAAGAAGCCAUCACAAAAGGUUCAACUUUGCCAAUGCCCCCCUUCAUUCUCCUCGCUCAACUUUGAGGCCCUUUCCAGUUUAUCCCCGCUGCACUAGAGCCAUUGCCAAGAUUGUCCUGGCUUUUAUGCAAAUAAUUUCUAGUUCUAUCAUGCACAGUGCUAUUAAGAAAUUGUAA